GGUAGACCCACUUUCUCUUCAGAAGCGCCAGCUGAGCUUGGCUGAGCUGUCAUGCAGCAGCAUUCUUAUAGCACUUCUGCGACUGCACGGCUGCAGAAUGCAGAUGGGAGCAAAGUCAUGUAUCCAGGAGCAGGAUGCAUCGACUCAAGAAAUACUGCUUUCACAAAGGAAGGGCGAGACUUACAAGCUCGCGUGCGCUCGCUAGCUUGGACUGCAAGUGCAUGCGCCUGUGUAGUCAAAGGCCCUGAGGUUUUGGUUUAGGAGUAGUUAAAGUCGCUCGCAGUUUGGGUUUGGGGAAACCAAGGGUUUAGCAUGGCUUGCCCCACAUUGAAGCGCGACCUGGCUCGCAUGGUCAGCGCAUGUGCACGCCUGGGGGACUUGGACUGCGCGCUUACGGUCAUUGAUAAGAUGAAGGAACGAGGGUGGCAGCCCGAUAGCAACACGCUGAACCAUCUGCUAUGGUCCCCCUGGGAGAUAGCCGAUAAGGGGCUGCCUGGGGGGAGUGGAAAGUGUGAGGAGAGGGAAAGAAUUGACGGGUGCGAGUGGGGCGUUGUUAAAGGUUUGAAGGGCGUUCGACGGAAGCGCGUCAGGUGGGUCGGUGGCCCGCCCACUCUGCCGUCCGAUUGCCUGGCGCGCAGCAAGCAGGAUGCUCCGCCCUCUGAUACCCGCCCGUGGGACGAGCUCCCAACGGAGUUGCUCGUGGGCAUUCUGAGACGACUUGGGGACGAGCGGGGCGUGCUAAUCGCGUCAGCGGUGUGUUGCGGCUGGAGGGAGGGCCUCGCCGAGGGCGUCACUGAGCUUUCCCUCAAGUGGUGUCGCACCGCCGCUGUUCCGGCGCUCGUCACCCACACCGUCCCGCGCUUCCGUAACCUGCACGCACUCAGCCUCUGGCGGUGCCCCUCCCUCACUGACACAGCUGUCGCCGCCGUCGCUGCCAGCUGUCAUCAUCUCCGCAUCCUCGACCUGUCCCUGGGCUCCCAAUUGUCGGACGAUGCUCUGCGGGCGCUCGCUGGGGGCUGUCCGAAGCUCAAGAGUUUGGACGUCAGCGGAUGUGUCCGGUUUACGGAGGGGGGUUUCGUGACGCUGUUUUCGAAAUGCAAAGAGCUGAGAGCGGUGAACCUGUGCGGGUGCGUCGGGGGCGUCAGCGACAAGGUGUUGAGGGCAAUGGCAUGGAACUGCCGGGACCUGCAGUCCGUGAAUUUGGGCUGGUGUGACCGUGUGACUGACUACGGCCUGUCCGCCCUCGCCGCCGGGUGCCCCUCCCUCGAAGUCCUGGACCUUUGUGGCUGCACUAGCACGACCGACCGGGCGGUUGUCGCACUGGCCGGGAACUGCCUCCGCCUGCGCGCUUUGGGCCUGCACUGCUGCCGCCUCCUAACAGACCGCAGCAUCUAUGCUCUUGCUGCGAGUGCGGCUCAGCGGAAGGAGUUGAAAAUAGCAGGAUCGUUGAGCCCCGAGUGCACCAUUACAACCAGCACCUUCUCUGCUCGGCUCUCGGGCUCACAAGACGCCCGACGGCCGAAAAACGCGGGCGCCCCGCAGUUUGGGCUGUUGUCACUAAAUGUUAGCGGGUGUGUCCUUCUCAAGGCUCCCGCUAUGCAAGCGCUGUGCGACGCCUUCCCAAGCUUGCACACGUGUCCAAAGCAGAGAUCGCUCAAUGUAAGCGGGUGUUUAGCGUUGACGAACGUACGUUGCAAGUGCCGGCAGAAGGCGUUGUGACACGUUGUACAUGAUGUAUGUAACCAGCCGUAGGCAACUCGACUUGACUCUGACUAGGGGUAGGAGAGUUGGUGAGUUGCGAGAUUCAUCUGUGUAUAUAGUGUAGCUAGAGAUAUUGUACAUAUGUUUAGUUGCUGUAAAUUGUGAAUUUAUAUAAAGCAUAGAUGCACCGGCAAGUAGUCAGUUUGUACAUAUGCUCAGCUAGAAUCAAUUUAGCUUUGAUAGCGCACAGUGUUUAGUUGCCAAAGUUUCGUAAGCCAGUUUCUAUAAAUUCAUUGAGCGGUUGGAUACAAAAUGUUUGAUAUUCUUAUCUUGGCUGAAGUUGGUAAGACAUUGUUCGGUAAUGCUAGCUAUAGUCAUGCGCAUACACUAGUGAGGCUUGGAAGGGCAAAACUUUCACCAUGGAAAGUCACAGUUCGACCAUACACCAUACAAUUCAGCAGACUUGACUCAACGUUGAUUCCUUCAUCGAUCGAAGUUUUCUACUGAGC